AUGCAAGCUCUCGGUCUUGAUGUUGCUAUGCCACCAUUUCUUGAUGGAAAACGACAAUUUUCAUCUGAUGAAGCAAAUCAAUCAAGAUGCAUUACAAAAGUACGAUGGACAGUCGAGGCCGCAAAUCGUCGCAUCAAACAAUUCAAAUAUUUUGCUAAUACUGUUCAAAACUCAUCACUACCUUACUUAGAAAGUGACCUUUCGAUUGUUUGCUACCUCAUCAAUCGCUAUCAAACACCAAUCGCAACAUCCAAACCAGAAGACAAAGGAAUUAGUGAAAAGAUUAUGAGAUUACUAAACCAGAAAAAUAAAAUUCAAUUGCUUCUGGAAGAAAAUAAUCUAUUUCGACGCUCUUCUCAAUGGGAAACAAUUAAUCAUGAUCAGAUUAUGGAUUCUUUUCCAAUUAUGUCAGAAGAAGAUCUGGGAGAUCUAACUUUCGGCGUUUUUCAAUUAAAGCGCUCUCGUUCAUAUGCCGAAGAGAAGUGUUCCACUACAAAUCUAACUGGCAUAAUGGAAUACAGCAUUCAACGCUGUUUAAUGAUUCCCAAUUUGAUACGUAUUGCUACAAAAUCUGCGCACGCCGAUCGAACAAUCUAUCAUCCAACAAUACAAUUUACACAUGAUCAUAUUUUAGGUUGGUGGUGCGAUUGUAAUCUUGGUGGUCGAUUUUUAAGCUGCUGUAGUCAUAUAUCAUCAGCAAUAUGGUUUCUUUCUUGCGAAUGGUGGCAGACGCGAAAGCGUCAUAUGCCUUCCGGGAGCUACAUGAGCUUGGCUACAGAUGCCGUUCAAAUUUCAGAUUUUUAUGACUCUUCUGAUGAUGACGACGAUGAUACAUCACGUUACUCGUUAUCAUGA